AUGCUUUUCAGUUUCAGAGUCCUCGCUACUACGGCGGCAAUGAUGCCAGGCAUCUUUGCCUCGAGCUGCAUUCCGUCAUCAAACUCCUCGGUCCCAGCAAACUAUACAGACACAGUGGUCCAGGCCUGGGGUAAUUCGAUGGUUCGCUUUCAGCGCGAGAUGGCGCAGUACUCCCCUGCAACCUAUAAGAACACCGCGAUGGACCAGAUAAUGGACGCGCUUGGUAUGCUCAGCACCAUCAAUGUCUGCGUACGAUGGGGCUCCAACAAGACCCUUACCGAGACCACCCGCAAGCAGAUUGCGUCCCAGCACACGAAACUGUAUAAUUACUGGUUCCAAUGGCUAUCUGGCCAUGACAACUUCCCUUUCGAGGAUGUCAAGAUCAACUACGUCGGGUGGGCCGUCAGGAACCGCGUCCAGUUGCAGGGCUCACUCGACGGACUCGAUGUUUACACAGGGUACACCGAUGAGCGAGGCGACCUGGACUGCAACCCGGCCUGCUCCGUGGAAAAGCACUUGGAUGGAGAUUUCAGCGAUUGCCCUGGCGGUCGCGAUCACCGCUACCACCAGUUUCUUUUUCUCAACCCAGCCUGGGGUGAAUUCAAUAUGGGAGCGGCAAUGGGAUAUGGUAUCGACGUCAGUUUCCACGGCUGGGAAACAGUCGGCAGUAAGAUGGGAGAUUGGCCCUUGUUGCUCCACGAAAUGGGACACACGCUCGGUUUCUUGGACUACCUCGACCUUGAGGGCAAUGCCGUUCCCGAGGGAAACGACCCCGAGGAUGUGUGUGACGUCCUUUUCCUCCCCCCGAACCACCCGGAGAGCUUCGUUAUGAAGCCUGGAAAUGGAGGCCUCCUUACUCCUCCCCGGGUUACUGAGAUGGAAGGUUGGAUGCUUCGCCACUGGUGGAGCCGCGUUUCUCGCCUGCGUGGCUGGCAGAGCGACAACAAGACUUUUCCAGCACUCCCGAACUGUCCAUCCGAGGACUUGGGGAAGCGGUCCAGCUUUCACACAUGUUCGUUUUGA